UCACCUCUGCUCUGACAGUCGAACGUCGACGUCAAUGAUCGAACACGGAAACAGAGUUGUUGUGAUGGAAGUUCAGCGGCUCCUCCGGCUGUGCGGUGACCGGGUUUAGUGGCUGUCAGCGCGGGGCUGGACGACGUGAGAGCGGGCCGCUGCGGAGCGUGUGGCCGAUGGACCGCGGCGCUGGAAACGUCGCGGGGCUUCGACCUCUGUUGUCGGUUUAAUAGCGUCAGGCGCUCGGACCCUGAGACGCGGAGAGCUGGGGGUCAUGGAGGCGGUGGGACGACUUCUGCUGCCGCUGCUGCUCCUGUCCUGGGGAGGACAGCAACUACAGGUCGGGGGGGUCCGGUCGGUCACCCUCCCAGAGUCCCUCUUGUUCGUCUCGACACUGGACGGUAGUCUGCACGCUGUCUCCAAACAAUCGGGGGAGAUCAAGUGGACCCUGAGAGAAGACCCCAUCAUCCAAGUGCCUGUCUACCUCUCAGAACCAGGUUUCCUCCCAGACCCCAAUGAUGGUAGUUUGUACAUCCUGGGCGGAAAGCACAAGGAAGGCCUGAUGAAACUACCUUUCACAAUCCCAGAGCUGGUUCAGUCAGCUCCCUGCCGGAGCUCUGAUGGUGUCCUCUAUACAGGUAGAAAACAGGAUGUGUGGUUCGUGGUGGAUCCUGAGACCGGUGAGAAGCAAACCAGUCUGACCACCUCCUCCUCUGAGUCCAUCUGCCCCAACUCUCCUCUGCUCUACAUAGGACGCACAGAAUAUGUUGUGACCAUGUUCGACACGAAGACGCAGGAGCUGCGAUGGAACGCCACAUACAACGAUUACUCAGCUCCUCCUUAUGAUGAGAAGCAGGACUACAAAAUGGCUCAUCUUGUGUCGAGUGGGGACGGCCUCGUCGUGACAGUGGACAGAGAGUCAGGUGACGUCCUGUGGACUCAGAACUACGGCUCACCCGUCGUGGGCGUGUACCUGUAUUCCGGCGACUCGCUGAGACACGCCCCCCACCUGUCCCUGGCCAUGGAGACGCUGCGCUUCCUCACCUUCUCUGCCGGCGACCGCACGGACGCACACUCCACGCUGAAGUGGAGCUAUCAGUUUGUGAAGGAGCAGGCAAGCGCAAAAACACAACUCGUACCAACUCUCUAUGUUGGAAAGCUGGACACUCACCUCUACGCCUCGACCUCCCUCGUCCACCACGGAAUCUCAUUAGUGCCUCGGGGUCUGACCCUGGCUCGGAUCGAAGGUCCUGUGACGGCCGGAGUGACGGUGAGUGAGCGAGGGGAGUGUGAGAUCAUACCGUCCACUGACAUACGCUACCCUCCGGGGACCACCAACAGCCGGAAGAACCACUGGCUGCUAAUAGGUCAUCACGAGCUGCCUCCAGUCGCCCACACCACCAUGCUGAGGGAUUUCCCCGUCAGCCUGCAGCAUUCUGGCGAGGCUGUCAUCCCCCCUCGCCCCCCCGGCUCCCCUGCCUCCUACUACCACCAGCGCUAUUUCCAGUCGGUCGGUGGGGGCCACAGAGACACCAGCGGGGACAGAGGAGGGGAGGACGUGGACGGGGACGGGGACGCUCCGGGGCCGACGCAGCCUCGGAGGCCGGUCGCCGCGCUGCCGGUCUACAUGAGUCCGGACCGCCUGACGCUGGCUGUCCUGACGCUGCUGCUGGGAGGAUGGGUGGCCUUCGCGCUCACGUACCCUGGUCGAGCAGCCCAGCAGCUGAAAGCUCAGCGGCAGCUGGAGGAGGCGUUUGAGUCUCGUCUCCAGUGCUUACAGACCAACAUGCAGACCAGCACCCAGACGGGGACCUUGGUCUCCACAGACACGACUCUCUCCACCGACACAAACCUCUCUGGUGACUCUGCACCUGCAUCGGCCCCCCCUCCACCGAGCCCUCACACUCGGAGCAGCAGCACCUCGGACGCUGGUAAAAAUCAUACAACGGGUCACAGUCCCACAGCAGACCUCUCAGAAGGAAACACUGAGGGGGUGCAGGUCGGGAAAAUCUCCUUCACGCCGUCGGACGUCCUCGGACACGGCACAGCAGGAACCUUUGUGUUCAGGGGUCAGUUCGACGAGCGCCACGUGGCGGUGAAGCGAAUCCUGCCAGAGUGUUUCGAGGUGGCAGAGAGAGAAGUGCAGCUCCUCCGAGAGUCGGACACUCACCCGAACGUGAUCCGCUACUUCUGCACGGAGAGAGACCACCUCUUCACGUACAUCGCCAUCGAGCUGUGCGCCGCCACGCUGCAGCAGUACGUGGAGGAUCCAUCCGGCUUCCCUGAGUUGAAUCCUAUAACUCUACUGGAGCAGACCAUGUGUGGCCUUUCACACCUGCACUCACUCAACAUAGUCCAUCGAGACCUGAAGCCCAGGAACAUCCUGCUGUCGGUUCCCAGUGCGCUGGGUCAGGUCCGAGCGCUCAUCUCGGACUUCGGACUCUGUAAGAAGAUCCCGGACGGUCGCUGCAGCUUUUCCAUGCGGUCGGGGAUUCCGGGAACUGAAGGGUGGAUAGCUCCUGAAGUACUGGGGGAUACGCCUGGAAAUAAACCAACGGCAGCGGUGGACGUGUUCUCAGCCGGUUGUGUGUUCUACUACGUGAUCAGCAGGGGGCAGCACCCGUUCGGCGACGCACUGAGACGACAGGUCAACAUCCUGGCAGGAGAAUACUCCCUCUCAUGUUUUAUGGAGGAUAUACACGAUAACGUCAUAGCCCAGGAUCUGAUCGAGCAGAUGAUCGGGGCCGAGGCCGAGUCCCGUCCGUCCACCGCCUGCGUGCUGAAGCAUCCCUUCUUCUGGAGUCUGGGGAAGCAGCUGCUCUUCUUCCAGGAUGUGAGCGAUCGCAUCGAGAAGGAGGCGGCGGACAGUCCCAUCGUGGUCCGACUGGAGACUGCCGGCCGAGCCGUGGUCCGGGCCAACUGGAGGAUGCACAUCUCAGGGCCUCUUCAGACAGAUUUGAGGCGAUUCAGGACGUAUAAAGGAAACUUGGUGCGGGACCUGCUGAGAGCCAUGAGGAAUAAGAAACAUCACUACCACGAGUUGCCUCCGGAGGUGCAGGAGACGCUGGGCGAGCUGCCCGAAGGCUUCAUCAGCUACUUCACCUCGCGGUUUCCCCGGCUGCUGAUGCACACGCACGCCGCCCUGAGCAUCUGCGCACACGAGAGGCCGUUCCACCCUUACUACCUGCCCCCCCCGCGCCCAGCCACGCUAAAAUGACUCUGCUCUCCUGGACUCCACACGAGCACACGCGUCCAUGGACCUUUUGGUGAGCAAAGGAAAUCGCUGACAGUGCCAUGUUAUUGCUUUUGUAAAGCCCACACUGUUUACGGGACGGUUACAGUGUUGUUGUUGUUGUUUUUUCUAUAAACCUUGAUUUGUUUCACAGAUCCAUUUAAUCUUUUUUCCUGCAGUUGUUGUUCAAGGACUAUUUGUUUUUCAGAUUAAAGUUAGAAACCACUCAGAAUGCAGAUCUUUCUGCACACGGUUGUUAUAUCAAUAAUAUCAAUAUGAAAUCUUUCAAAUGCAGUUGCCACAUAUUUGUUUUCAGUUAAGUGCAAUAGUUAAGCUUUUUCUUUUUUUAAUCACUACAGAUCCGGGAGCGCAGUAGUUCUUUGAAUUCACUUGGGGGGGGGGGGGGGGUAGCCCUGAAGCCGACAUGUUCCACCUGUGAAGUUUGAUCCAGUUUGGUGUUGAGGUGUUUUGCCUUUUAAGUGAUGGAGAUGAAAGCUUCUCCCGUGAGUUGAAACUUUCUCGUUAAUUUUGGAAAAGCACAGUCGGCUUUUUUUCCUCCUCCAGUGAACACAACAGACUUCUGUGCUGGAUGAGAGACUUUGGCCUGUGUGCAGAGAUUCCUUCAUCUUUACUCUUUGAUGCAAUUCUGUCUUUUUCUUUUUAAUUCACAGUUGAAUUUUGCAAUAUUUGUAUUGGAAUGAGGACGAGAAGGGGGAUCCACAGUUUCCCAGAAUAAGACACUUGUUUUAUCCCAAAUCACCAAAUGUCCCUGAAAUAUCAUCGUCUCCCUUUCCUUUCCUGUCCGUCUCUGUUACUGUGUCUGAUGUCCUACAUACAAACAAAACUCAUCAACUACUUUAUUUUAUAGAUUUCUUACCUUUAGAGGAUAAUUCAGAUGAGAGAGGGGGGGGGGGGGGCAGUGUUGCUCAGGUCUCAGAUUGUAGCUUCAGGCUUUAGUUACAAAGAAAAAACGGUUACUGAAAUAUGAUUAUUGUGGAAGGCGAAAAACAAACACAACUAUUUUGUCACAACACUGGACGACAACAGGCGGCUGGAGAGCUUGUGUCGGCUGACAGAUGUUCAGUUCCCCGUCCUGCUGCUCGUACGUCCACUUUGCCCCAAAUCACUGCAAUGUCUGAUGUUAUGUAUUUUAUGUAAUUUAUGUAUUUUGUGUAUUUUAUGUAUGUGUCUGUUACUGCACUGCUGGAGGAUAAUACUCACAUAUCAAUGGCACCGUGUAAAUAAAAACAACAGAUGGGGAAAUGUGUGUUUUGGGCAAUGAAGCAGAAAUGGCAGCUUUUCGUUUGAAGUCACGGACAUGUAUGUUCCAGGUUGUGCUGUUUACACGCGUGUAACCGAGCUGUAGUUUGUUUCAUCGAUGGAUCCCCCCCCCCCCUUCCCCCCCCAAAUGUCUCUGCACUGCUUCAUCUUUUUUUCAAACCUUCACAGUUUCACACGAUGCUGCCGAGUCGUGUGAGAUCUCCGGAUCAGGGUUUUGUUUCGAGUUCUGCGGUGGAAUGAAUGAUGAAGAAUUCAUCUUUUGUACUUUGAAUUAAAUUGAUGCUUUGGGUGUGCCAAAGAAUGAAGUCAA